AUGUUCUACACACAACAUGUAGCCAAGGAGAAGCAUGCGACGUCGGCAAGGCGUCUGCUUGCGCUUAUUGCAGUGGCGACCACAAAAUAUACGUUUGCUCAAAGUUUAGCCGACUCGACGCAAAUAGUAAACUGCCUUAGCAAAGGGCACAUUCUUGCGAAAUGUCGCAGUUCAUCAUUGUGCCGCAUGUGUCGGCAACGCCAUCACACGCUGUUGCACGCAAGUUUCAACAACCAAGAGGAAUCAACCGUUACGAACGCAACAAGCCAGCACGUUAGUGUCACGUCACAUUACGCUGAUGCUGAUCGUGUCACUUUGUUGGCAACCGCCGCAGUCUUAGUACAAGAUGACGCUGGUCGUUGGCAACCAGCUCGUGCCCUCCUCGAUAACGGCUCGCACGCCUCAUUCAUAACUGAGGCCUGCGCUCAACGACUUCGACUUCCCAGACGAUCUUCAUCCGCUUACGUCACAGGUAUAGGGGCUACCCAAGGUGACCGUACAAAGGGAGAAGUAACCCUACGCAUAUCACCGCGAUCAUUACCCAAAAUUACUAAUGAUCUUCCAUCCACCGCUGUACCGACACCACCGUGGCCACACAUUCUGGAUUUAUCGCUGGCUGACCCAAGUCUCGCCAAACCUGGUCCAGUUGAUAUCCUUAUAGGCAUGGACGAAAUGGACAAAAUCCUACUAAAUGGGUUAAGAAAGGGCCAACAUGGCACUCCAAUGGCGCAAAACACUGUGGUCGGUUGGGUAUUGCUCGGGAACGCGGCCAAUUUACUAAGGCAGCCCACAUCCAUAACCACCUUACACUGUGACAUGCAACUAUCCGAGCUGGUCAACAAGUUCUGGGAACUCGAAGAGUUACGCCCGAGAAAGCAUUACACUCCGGAAGAACUCACCUGUGAACAACUUUUCGAAGACACUACCAAGCGAGCUAACGAUGGUAGAUACGUCGUGCGCUUACCGUUGAAGAAAUCCGUACCGAUAGGUGAAUCUAGAAGCAUUGCAGUCCGAGCAUUACUCCGAAUGGAGAAGAGGUUUGCUGCUGACGAACAACUCUAUCGAGAAUAUUGUAAGUUCAUGGAAGAACUUCUUGACUUAGGCCAUAUGGAGCAAGCUGGUGCCGUUACAGGCGACACGUACUACAUGCCGCACCACGCCGUGGUAAAACAUUCAAGUGUCACGACCAAGCUCAGAGUAGUAUUCAACGCGUCCAUGAAGACGUCAUCCGGAAACUCGCUCAACGAUGCUCUGAUGGUAGGGCCGCAGCUACAACUAGACCUAUUCUCCAUACUAGUUCGUUUCCGCACGCAUCGCUAUGGGCUGAUCGCGGACAUCGAGAAGAUGUACCGCCAGGUUUACGUAGCAGAACAAGAUGCUGACUAUCAACGUAUAGUUUGGCGUGAGAACUCAUCACAACCCAUUCGCGAUUAUCGUCUUCUGAGAGUAACUUAUGGAGUGGCUUCGGCAUCGCAUCUUGCUGUGAAAUCGUUAUAUCGCGCUGCGCUGGAUGCAGGCGAUGCAUAUAAAGGGAUCUCUGAUGUCAUUACAAGGGAUUUCUACAUGGACGAUUUGUUAACGGGGUCGGACUCCCUGCACGACUUAAUCACGCUGCAGAAAGAUGUCGCCUUCGUAUUUUCUAAGAGUGGUUUUGAACUGCGAAAAUGGGCCACGAACUGUCGGCCGUUACGAGAACGAAUACCGCACGUUUCCAAGCAAGUUUCGCAUCUUUUAGCUGAAGGAAAUGAAAUCCGAACUCUGGGUUCCGUUUGGCACACCGAUAAAGAUUUACUUUCUAUUGCUGUCAAUCUACAAGAAUUGCCUGACAAGAUCACAAAACGCGUGUUUCUAUCCGACUCAAGCAAGAUAUUCGAUCCGCUUGGAUUAGCCGCGCCCUGUACAAUUCGCGCUAAAAUUUGGUUACAAAGGGUAUUGCGUUCAAAUGUAGAUUGGGACGAGUUAGUACCACUGAAUGUAGCAGAAGAUUGGUUGGCGCAUCGACGUGAGUUACCUAAACUUGCAUCGCUUAAGCUGAAGCGUUGGCUGGGCACGGGCUCAGUGGUCGACGCGGAAUUCCAUAUCUUUACGGACGCUUCGGAAGCUGCUUAUGCGGCUGCGCUUUAUUGCCGGACGCAAAACGCAAACGGUGAGAUAGAGGUGGUAUUAGUUGCCGCCAAAACCAAGGUAGCGCCUGUGAAGGUCAUUUCGUUGCCGCGCUUAGAACUAUGCGCUGCUCAUCUAGGCGCAAGGCUGGUACGGCAAGUUCGAUCUAGCCUCGCCUGUAAGCUCG